UUAUUCUAGAACAUCUCCACCACCGAAAAAUAGAGAUGAGAAAGACUGAGAGCGAAUACGCAGAGGUUUCUUUACAAGGUUAGGGUUUCAACCAAAUUGUCGCAAGAUCUAACAAUUUGGUCUGCAAUUCGCAAUUAGGUCCCAGCUUAAUCAUAUUUCUUGUAAGGUGUAGCAAUUGGCUGCGAGAAUUCUCUCACGUCGCUUAAUUGCUGCUCGAAAUGGUCUAUGCAUCGAGAGGGUUGAAUUGGGGCUUUUCAAUAAUAAUUCAAACAAGUCAUCUGCUACUAUUCACGGAUAAUUAUUUAAGGGUCUUGCAACAAUAUCUUGAUUGCGCAAAGUCCAAGCACUGUAACCUGGGUUAUCAAGCUCGUGACGAGAUGGUCAGGUUGCUCAAGCCUGGAAUUCUUCGACGUGCACUCACGCAUAUGGAUGAUUGCAAAGAGGCAGACAAGAGAACAGAUGAAGCAACACAUAGGAUUUCAAGGGGACUUUAUGAAAAGGGCCAUUCAGUUACUAGGAAGCUAAAUUCAGAUGGCAAUGUGGACAUACAAACACUGUAUAAUCUGAAUGAAGCUUUGAAGAUGCUUGGAAAAGAAACGGUGAAAAUCAUCUGCCACCACGUCCAGGAGCAUGGUGAGCUAAAUGGAGAAGAAAUGUAGAUCUAGCAAUGACACGGUGGAGGCUCUUGUUUGUUUUUGAGUCAUUUUGUGAUUUCUAGUAAUGUACGUUGAAUUUGUUUAUGUGGAUUUUAAUUUUAUGCAUUUUGUAUUUAGAAACAGUAAAUUAAUUAGUGAACGAUUAUUUUGUAAUGCAUGUGUCCUAUGGGCACUAAUAUUGUAAUAUUACUCUUUAAGUCAAUGAAAAUCUUUUAUUAUUGA